AUGGCGGCCAAGCCGCGUCUUACCGAGGAGGCAGCCCGGCAGCUCCUGGUGAGCGCCGAGUCCAGCUUAGAUGGGUUGACGCCCGAAUGUCUCCGGGCUGCCACGGACGCGCUGAACAUCUUCCGCGGCCUAGGCAGCGAGGGCCUGAACGGUGUCCACGAUGCCCUGCGCGUGGUGGUGGCGUUUCACCGUUUAAAGGCUGCUGUGGAGCAGCGCAAACCCGAGGAGGCGCUUCUCCUCGCCUCGGACGAGUUGGAGCACUGCAGAGCAGAUGGUGAUCGGCGAGGUGAGGCUUCCAUGCUCCUGGCCUUGGCCGAGAUCAACAUGGACCGACGCGGUGCGCGGAAGCGUGCGGAGGCCCUGGAGGCGGCUUUGGCCGCGCUGGUCAGAUUUCAGGAGAUUCGAGACCAGCGUCUCCAGGCCCUUACCUACCUCAUCCUCACGAACCUCUACUCCAAGAUGCAGAUGCCAGAGGAAGCUGAGCAUGCCGCACAAUCGGCGCUGUGCGUCUUCCAGGCCUUGGGCGACCAGAUGAACCAGGCGAAGGCUUUCCACGGACUUGCUCUGACGAUGGCAAGCCGACAUCGCUACGCUGAUGCUGCUGUGCACGCAGAGGAGGCAUGCACUUUGUUUGCGCAGCUGGGCGACGUGAAAAUGGAGGCGGCAGAGCUCGUGUCCAUAGGGCAAUGGCAGCUGGCUGCCGGCAAGCCUGGAAGAGCGGUGGCUUCGGCGGAGCAGGCUCUUCAUCUUUUCCGAGAUAUUGGCUACGGCAAAGGCUGGCAGGCGAAGGCUCUCUCCGUUCUAUGCCAGGCCUUGGCACAGUGUGGAAGAUCCGCAGCAGCGGCAAAGGUUGCAAGGGAGCAGGGUGGCCUGUUUCGCGGUGAUGGAGACUUGGCAGGCCAGGUGGCUUCGCAGGAGAUCGCCGCCCAUGCGCACCUGGUUUCCAAGCACCCCGAACGUGCGCUCAGAGAGCUGAAGGAUGCCCAGCAGCUCAUCGACGGGAAGGGCGAUCCAUCCCAGGCCAGACUUUGCCGUGGUCAGGCGGCCUCCUUCCUGGCAGGUGGCGAUGUUGCGGAGGCCGUGCGGACGUUGAAUCGAGCCGUGGCCAUAGCAAAGGAUGUGAAGGACCACGUGGAAGAGUCCCGAGCCCACCGGGACCUCUUCGACAUUCAUCUGGAUUGCGGGCGCUUUUCGGCAGCAGGAGAAGCAGCCGCUCGUGAGCGGGCUGUGGCCGAAGCCGCCGAGGAUAGGAUUGGCGAAGCGGCCAGCUGCGUCCGCUUGGCCGUGGCUUUGGCAAACGGCGGAGACUUGGUGAAGUCCUUGGCUUUAGCGGAGGAGGCCCUUGACCUGUCGGAAGCUGUAAGAGACCGACGAGGCAAGGCUAGAGCUUUGCAUGUUCUGUCCAGCAUCCAGAGACUGGACGGGAACAUGGAUGCAGCCCUGGAGGCGAGCGAAAAGCGACUUAAGCUUGCUAGGGACCUUGGCGAUUUGCAGUUGGAAGCAGCAGCAAUGCAGGAGUUGGCAGGGCUACACCGCGCGGAGGGCAACUUCAGCGAGGCAAGGCAUCUGGCAAUGGAGAGCCGAGAUCUAUGCAAGCAGAGUGGGGAUCGGCAUGGUUUGGUGAAUGCUCUUGUGGCAAUGACCGAACUGGCCCUGGCUGCAGAGACUGGCGACGUGAAGCAAUCGCUGCUGAAUCCGUCCAAGGAGGCCGUUGCGGUGGCUGGGAAACUAGGUGACGGGAUGCUCCGAGCCAGAGCUCUCUACUGGCGAGCGCAUGCUUUGGGAGCAGUUGGCCGGCAUCCCACCGCUCGUCGCACAGCUCACGAUGCGGCAGAGCUGCUGACCAAACUGGGCGAUGCCGAGGGCCGCGUGCGAUGCUUGUUCCUCGUUGCAGAGCUGUAUGCUGCGGAAGGCUUGAAAGCAGAUGCUCUCGGGGUGGUUCAGGAAGUGCGGCUGCUCGCAAAGUCCGUCGGAGACGCAGAGGCCGAGUACGAGGUGGCACUGCUCGAGGAAGAAGUGUCCCGCAAGGAAUCUCAACCGGAGCCUCAAGCAACGCAUGCAACGCCAGCAGCGACGGAGAAGCCGCCCGAGGCCGAAGCACGUGAAGUGCCCGAAGUGCCGGUGGCCAAAGAGACCUCCUUAAACCCUCAGGAAGUCUUACAGCAGCUCCUGCGGCUUGUCAAGGAGGUCACGUCGAGUACCGAUGAGAUUGAGCUGGACACGCAGCUCGUGGAUGCUGGGAUGGAUAGCUUGUCAGGCGUGACCCUGGUAACAAUGAUGAGCCGCGAGUUCGGCAUGAGCUUCACGCCCUCCACCGUUUUCGACUACCCCUCGGUGCGCACACUGCGGGACCACCUGCUCCGCGAGCAACAGGAUGAAGGGCCAUGGCGUGCAAUGGCACUGUGCAGGCCCGUCCUCCUUCUCGACCUGGUUCCGUCCUGGCCAGCAUACUCGCAAUGGCGGCGCCCGGACGGCGAGCCCAACUUGGCAAAGCUCGCGGAAGACUUUCAAGGUGUGACGGGACCAGUUGUGGAUUGUGGCCACGGCUAUGACAUUCAAUCCUGGGAUGUGGGCGACUUCUUCCGCUGGGCCGCCCAUCAAGGAGGCGACGCGCUGUACCUCAAAGACUGGCACCUGGUAAAUGCUUGCCGCUCGCUUGGGCUGCAGGUGCCAUACGAGGCCCCGGGCUACCUGGCCGCGCCGAUGCAUGAUUGGCUGAACCUCCAUAUGGACAAGGCCACCGGCAAGGAUGACUACCGCUUUGCCUACGUCGGAGUGGCGGGAACUCGCACGCCGCUGCAUCACGAUGUGCUGUUCUCGCACUCCUGGUCUGCAAACAUCUGUGGCCGAAAGCAUUGGAUCUUCUAUCCGCCGGAAGUCAGCGACAAGCUUCUGAACUCGCUGGGUAACGCAGCAGAAAGUGCUCAGCCGCAGCGUCGCACAUCAGACUGGCAGCAGCACUUCCCAGGGCUCCAGGAGGCUUGGGAGCAGAGGCUGGAGGCUUUCCAAGAAGAGGGAGAAUUGAUGUUUGUGCCCAGCGGGUGGUAUCACGAGGUGGACAACCUCACCAUGACGAUCUCUAUCAACCACAACUGGCUGAACGCAACGAAUGCGCUGCAAGUGUGGCAAUUCCUCCGGUCCGAGUGGAAGUCGGUCCGAGAGAAGAUCGGCGAUCUGCAAGACACCUUUGAUUCUGAGAAAGACUUUCUGGAACAGUGCCAGCUUCUGAUGAAAGCAAACUGCGGAUUGGACAUUUCUGGCUGGCUGGAAUUGCUGACCGGUGCUGCAGAAGAAGCAGUGCGGCUUCGCGCAGACAACCCCGUUGGAGAUGAUUUGUGGGUGCUGGAGUGGGUAGAGGAGAGGUUGCGAGCAGUGUCUGAAAGCAGCUUGGCCGACGCGGCGGCGACUGCCACCCAGCAUUCAAGCAAGGCAGCAGCAAGCCUGGCCGAUGCUCUAGAGCGGUUGGCGACCUGGAGGAAAGCAGCUCCGUGA